AUGUCCCUGAUGAUUCGCCGAGCUACUCUGGCCUUCUUCCAUGCCCAGGUUCACACAGUGUGGGUGGGCACCGAAAACUCCAGCAACCAGUACAAACUCGUACCCACGAUGGCUUCCACCAUCUCCAUCACGCAAAGCACGCGUGUGCCUGAGCAAGAGUCCUGGCUCAGCACCAAAGGCUCUGCUGCGCCUGACUAUACGCCUGCUUCCAAGCCCGAGUUCUCGAUCCCGCCCAUUUCCAUCCAGCUGGUGAAGCUGUCACGCCACACCAGCGUGACCAUGGUCAAGGGCAUCUCUCCCCCCAUUCGAAAACACAUCUUCACGGCCAUCAAGUUUUGUAUUCCGGGCUGUGUCGGCAGAAACCACGAGGUUCACGAGAUAGAGCUGCUUGGCGACAAGCGCCAGAACGUCAAGAUGGCCCUUAUGCUGAUGCAGGUUCCCGAGGAGGUCAUCAUCAUCGGUAAUUGA